AUGGAUUCAAGGGAAUUGGUCACAUGGAAUGCUAUUGUUGGAGGAUAUACAUCAAAUGGUGAAUGGUUAAAAGCAUUGCAUCUGUUGGGUAAUUUAGUAUCUCUAGAGACGUUAUUGCCAGAUUCUGUGACCAUGGUCAGCAUACUUCUAGCUUGUGCACAAUUGAAAAAUUUGCAGGUAGGGAAACAAAUCCAUGCUUAUACUGUCAGACAUCCUUUCCUUUUUUAUGAUACUUCUGUUGGAAAUGCUUUAGUUAGUUUCAUGCAAAAUGUGGCUAUACAGAAGAAGCAUAUCAUACUUUUUUUUAUGAUAUUGAGGAAAGAUUUGAUUUUACGGAAUUCUAUGUUUGGUGCCUUUGGAGAGAAGAGACAUCAUUCAAGAUUUAUCAAUUUGUUAAAUUGGAUGCUUAAACUCGGAAUUAGACCUGAUUCAGUUACAAUACUGACCAUAAUCCGAUUUUGUGUCUCUCUUUUGAGAGUAGAAAAGGUUAAAGAAAUACAUAAUUAUUCAAUUAGAACUGGAUCUUUGUUAAGUGUUACUGCAGCAACAGUUGGGAAUGCAAUACUUGAUGCAUACUUCAAAUGUGGAAACAUGGAGUAUGCUAACAAAGUGUUUCAGAAUCUAUCAGAAACAAGGAAUCUGGUCACAUGCAAUUUACUGAUAUCCGGUUAUGUAGGUUUAGGAUCACAUCAUGACGCAAAUAUAAUAUUUAGUGGAAUGUCUGAGACUGACCUUACCACAUGGAAUCUUAUGGUUAGAGUAUUUACAGAAAAUGAUUGUCCUGAACUAGCUCAUAGAUUGUUCCACAUGUUACAUGCCCGAGGGAUGAGGCCCGAUAUGAUCACUAUCAUGAGCCUUCUUCCAGAUCUUCACCUUGAAGCUGCCCUCUUCGAUGCAUAUGCCAAAUGUGGCCUCAUAGGUCAUGCAUACACGAUAUUUAAAUUGAGUGUCGAUAAGGAUCUGGUUAUGUUUACUGCUAUGAUUGGCGGGUAUGCUAUGCAUGGUAUGAGUGAAGAAGCACUGAAGAUUUUUUCUCAUAUGCUCAUGUUCGGAAUCCAGCCAGAUCAUAUUAUCUUUACUUCCAUAUUAUCUGCUUGUGUUCAUGCUGGUCGAGUAGAUGAAAGACUGAACAUAUUUUAUUCAAUAGAGAAAUUUCAUGGUAUGAAACCUACUGUGGAGCAGUAUGCUUGUGUGGUAGGUCUCCUAGCUCGUGGUGGCGGCAUUAGUGAAGCAUAUUCUCUUGUGACCAGUUUGCCAAUUGAAGCUAAUGCUAAUCUUUGGGGGACAUUGCUUGGUGCCUGCAAAACCCACCAUGAAGUAGAAUUGGGAUGGGAUGGGGUAAUGGAAGUCAGAAGAAUGAUGAGGAACAAAGAUUUGAAAAAGCCAGCUGGAUGUAGAUGGAUAGAAGUAGAGAGAACAAGUAACAUUUUUGUGGCUGGAGACUGUUCCCACCCUCAAAGAAGCAUUCUCUACAGUACACUACAUUCAUGGAAUCAACUAGUUAACGAUCGCUCUGAGAACUUUCCCUUCGACACUGUAGAGGAAGAUGCGAAGCUCAAAACCACGUAUUUUGGCUUGUCUAUGUUUUAUAAGCCAGUUAUUGUUAUUGAGGUCGUAUUUAAGGAUGAUGUGAAGACGCUCAAUUUGACCAGGAGUUUUAAGUUGACAGCUUUGGAAUACCGUGAAGAAAUUGGUGGUCUGAAGGAGUCAUUCAAGAUGGUUGAUGCAGAUAAAGGUGGAACUAUAACAUUUGAUGAGCUAAAAGAAGGCUUAAAGCGGGUAGGAUCUGAACCAAUGGAGUCUGAAAUCAAGGUUCUUGUGGAUGCAUUGGUGAUAGAGGAAAAUCUGGUGUCAGCUUUCUCCUAUUUUGACAAAGAUGGAAGUGGUUACGUAACCAUUGAUGAGAUUUGGCAACCUGUUCGUUGGGUUAAUGGAAUAUUUGUUGUGAAGGAUGGACAGAUAGAUUAUGGGGAAUUUGCUGCCAUGAUGAGAAAGGGCAAUGGAGGAAUCGGCAGGCGAACCAUGAGGAGCACGCUCAAUUUCAGAGAUGCCCUGGGAAUUGUAGGACAUGGGUCCAGUUAA